UUAUUGGGCUGAGUGAAGCUAUAUUGGUAAAGCUAAUUGCCACAAAUUGUGCUGAUGUAUACUUCUUCAAAUUGCUGCCUCACAGUGCUGUGAAUGUCUUAUCUCAUCAUUACUACACACAAUGAGACAAAUAUUGCAUUUUCCUUCCUUUGCAUCAUCCACUUUGCUAUUGUAGGUACCAAUUUCUGGAUCAUUUACAGUAAGGAAAUUGUUCUACACAAACCCAGAAAAAUAAAACCCAAAAGUUCAAAGUUCUCAACUUUUUAAACCCAGAAAAAGAGGAAAUACCCUUGUUAGAAUCUUCCCCUUCAAAGGUUUGAACUCAUUUUGGAUUUAUCAUUUGGGCUUGAUUACUUACUUUACAUGUGGGUUGAAUAAGUAGCUUUCAAUAUGGGUUUAAGAGAAGAUGGAUGAUGGGUUAUUUAGUAUUUGGCUCUUUGCCUUAUCACUUGAUUGGAAGAAUAGCAGUUUACUUCCAAUUAUAUCUACAUGAUAGUUAGGUUAGGCUUGUUGGUCGGUGUUUCCCUUGCAGCCUACACUGUUAGGCAAAUUAAUGUCAGGGCUUCAAAGCCAGGAGGUUCCUCACUUAAACAUUCAGAAUAUGAUGAAGCGACCGCGGAGCAAGAUCGGAAUGACUCAAAUCCAAAUGAUGGUAGCAAUGAGAAGGAGCAAGAAGAGGAAAAAGAAGAGGUUAAACUAAUUAGCGGGGAAAUAAACCCUCCCAUACUCGACGCAUUUGACAUUGGGGAGGAAGAAUUUGAAGAGCUCUUGUCUGCGCAGAUUGAUUUUCCCGUACCAGACGCUGAGAAAAGUGCUAGGGCUGAUCGUCAGAGAGUUUACGAUGAAGAGAUGGCAAAUAAUGCAAGUGAACUAGAACGAUUGCGCAACCUAGUAAAGGAACUAGAGGAAAGAGAAGUAAGACUAGAAGGGGAACUUCUAGAAUAUUAUGGUUUAAAGGAACAGGAGUCGGACAUAUUGGAGCUCCAGCGACAGCUCAAAAUCAAGACCGUCGAGAUUGAUAUGUUGAAGGUUAACAUAAACUCUCUACAAGCCGAAAGAAAAAAGCUUGAAGAAGAGAUCGAGAUAGGAGUUUCAGCUCGGAAGGAGCUUGAUUUAGCAAGGAGGAAAAUUAAAGAGCUGCAACGGCAAAUUCAGCUUGAAGCGAAUCAGACGAAAGGUCAACUUUUGCUGCUGAAACAGCAAGUCAGUGGUUUACAAUCUAAGGAGGAAGAGGCCUACAAGAAAGAUAAUGAAGUUGAUAAGAAACUUAAAGCUGUUAAGCAAUUGGAGAUGGAUGUUGCCGAACUUAAGAGGAAAAACAUCGAGCUUCAACAUGAAAAGCGGGACUUGUUGAUCAAAUUAGAAGCUGCUGAAGGCAAAGCAGCUGUACUUUCUGACAUGACCGAGACUGAAAUGGUUGCCAAAGUUAGAGAGGAAGUCAAUGAGUUAAAGCAUGUGAAUGAAGACUUGCAAAAGCAGGUUGAAGGACUUCAAAUGAACCGGUUCAGUGAAGUUGAAGAGUUGGUCUACCUACGGUGGGUGAAUGCAUGCUUAAGACAUGAACUCAAAGAUUAUCAGACACCUGCUGGGAAAAUGUCCGCUCGUGAGCUGAACAAGAAUUUAAGCCCGAGAUCUCAAGAGAAGGCCAAACAACUCUUGUUAGAAUAUGCAGGCUCAGAACGCGGACAAGGAGACACGGAUAUAGAAAGCAAUUUCUCUCAAGUUUCUUCACCGGGAAGUGAGGACUUUGACAAUGCUUCAAUUGACAGUUCCAUGAGUAAAUACAGCAGUCUUAGUAGGAGGCAGAGUAUAAUUCAAAAGUUAAAGAGAUGGGGUAAAAGCAAGGAUGAUUCAAGCACUAUGUCGUCACCAUCUAGAUCUUUCUCCGGGGGGUCUCCAAUAAGUAGGGCUAGUAUGAGUCAGAGGGCAAGGGGCCCACUUGAAUCAAUGAUGUUACGAAACGCGGGUGACAGUGUUGCAAUAACUUCGUUUGGGAAGGCAGAACAGGAUACGGAUGGAUAUGACUCUCCGGAUCUCCUUCGGAUUAAUACACAGGUUGCAUCCUCUGAUUCGUUAAACACAGUGGCUGCCUCAUUCCAGCUAAUGUCGAAAUCAGUCGAUGGAUCCUUAGAUGAAAAGUAUCCUGCAUACAAAGACCGGCAUAAGCUGGCAUUAGAAAGAGAGAAAAAGAUCAAGGAAAAGGCAGAACAAGCUAGAGCUGAAAAGUUUGGUGACAAGUCGGGUUUGAAGCCCGAGUCUAAGGUGAGAGAUAGAUCUGUAGCUUUGCCGCCCAAGCUUGCUCUGAUAAAGGAGAAGGUACCGGUUUCUGGCGCUACUGGUGAGCAAGCUGGUGAUGGUAAAAUAGCUGAUUCAUCUGUCGUAAGCAAAAUGAGACUUGCGGAAAUAGAGAAAAGGCCACCCAGGGUGCCACGGCCCCCACCUAAAUCAUCUGGAAACAAUGUUUCUGGUGAAAAGGCAAAUGUGCCCAGUGGCGGAUCAUCUGGGGGCCCACCACUUCCUCCUCCACCGCCCCGUCCUCCAGGUGCACCACCACCGCCUCCUCCCCCACCAGGAGGCCUAUCAAGAGGGCCUGGAAAUGAUGACAAGGUUCACCGAGCUCCUGAAGUUGUGGAAUUCUAUCAAAGUUUGAUGAAACGCGAAUCAAAGAAAGAAACAACAAAUCUGAUAUCAACUACUUCCAACACAGCAAACGCAAGGAGCAAUAUGAUCGGCGAGAUUGAGAACAGAUCCACCUUCCUCUUAGCAGUGAAAGCUGAUGUAGAAACUCAAGGUGAUUUUGUUCAGUCAUUAGCGGCUGAAGUCCGAGCAGCUUCAUUCACCAGCAUUGAAGAUCUAGUUGCAUUUGUGAACUGGCUAGAUGAAGAACUAUCCUUCUUGGUCGAUGAGAGGGCAGUUCUCAAGCACUUUGACUGGCCCGAGGGGAAAGCCGAUGCAUUAAGAGAGGCUGCUUUUGAAUAUCAAGAUUUAUCAAAGUUGGAAAAGCGAGUUUCAUCUUAUGAAGAUGACGCCUCCAUUCCAUGUGAGAAAGCUCUCAAGAAAAUGUAUUCAUUGCUUGAAAAGGUCGAACAAAGUGUGUAUGCAUUGCUGCGCACAAGAGAUAUGGCUAUUUCAAGAUAUCGAGAGUUCGGAAUUCCAGUGAAUUGGUUGAUGGACUCCGGAAUUGUGGGCAAGAUCAAACUGUCAUCGGUACAGUUAGCAAAGAAGUACAUGAAACGUGUCACGAUGGAGCUUGAUUCACUCAGUGGUCCUGAAAAGGAACCAAAUAGAGAAUUUAUACUCCUACAAGGAAUUCGGUUUGCAUUCCGUGUGCAUCAGUUUGCUGGAGGUUUUGAUGCUGAAAGCAUGAAAGCAUUUGAAGAGUUGAGAAAUCGUGCCAAUACACAAACGAGUGAAGAUGGUAAUUUGCAAAUACAAUAGUCUCGUUUAUACUUUCUCUGGUUUUUAUUAGUUGCUACAGAUAGUGACAUUUCUCCUCACAAGGUGUGACUAUCUGUAGCAACUAAUAAAAUCCAGAGGAAGUAUAUUUUUCUCCUCGAACACUAUAUAUACAAUCACUUGUACAUUUUAUUUUUGUUUAUAAACUUCAGGCAUAUAUUAGUAAUUUUUAUACAACAAUCAGUUUAUCUCAUGCUGAAACGGAAUUGAAGUACUUGCAUAAGCAAGAGGUAAAAUCACAAUAAUGAGUGCCUCUUAGGUUUACUCUUGUCUUGCUUAUGCUCUUCAUUUGCCCUGGAAUAAAUGUGUCUCAGACCAUCAGCUGCUUUUUAAAAGUGUAUUUCAUUGUGCCAAAAAUGAAUAUAUCUCCAAUCUCUACUUCA